AUAUCCUAUAAAGAAGCUGAGUAGCUCUCAUCUUAUUUUGCAUUUUAUAAAGCACACCCAUAUUUUUUCGAUUAUUAUCUUUAUUAUUUUCAAAGUUAUUUAUAAAAGGCACACAACAAUAUACCAGAGUGACUUUUUCAUUUUCCAAUCAAAAUUUUUAUAUUCAGUUGCAUAUCUUGUAGUUCAUCCAAUCCUCUGUUUGGUUGCUGAGAAAAGCCGACAAGAGAAACCUUUGAUUUCGGAUCUUCCUUGUUUGGUGGUUUGCUGCCGUGGAUUGGAAUAUUGCAGCUCAAGAAAGCAACCACAAUCUCCUAAAAGCUGAGCUGAGAGGUACACACCAAGAUUGAAAUGGGGGGAAAGGAAUUGUAUUAAAGAUUUCAUCUUUAGUCAUUUUACUAAUAUCCCACCAACUAAACUGAGUUUCAGGGGUGUGUGAGCUGUUUGUUUAGUUGGGUAGUAUGAAUGGAAGCUAUAGCAAUGCAAGUGCGAGCUCAAGCUCGAGUUUGAAUAGCAGCUCUCAUGAUACCGAGGAUGACCUGACCAUUGCAACUGUCUUGGCAGAAGAGGAAAAGCAGAAAAGUGAUGGCAGGCUGGGGAAAAGACUCUCCCACUUAGAUUCGAUUCCGCACACUCCCAGGGUGAAUGGGGAGAUACCUGACGUGAAUGAUGCCACUCAAGACCAUAAGAGGCUUUCAGAAAGGUUGGCUACCUAUGAUCUAUCUGAGCUGCAAAUUGAGGGUGAUGGAAAUUGCCAGUUUCGAGCAGUAGCUGAUCAGUUGUUUCGCAAUCCGGAUUACCAUAAGCAUGUUAGAAAGCAGGUUAUAAAGCAGUUAAAGCAUCACAGAAAACUCUAUGAAGCUUAUGUCCCGAUGAAGUACAAAAGUUACCUGAGGAAGAUGAAAAAAAAAGGGGAAUGGGGAGAUCAUCUGACCCUACAGGCAGCUGCUGACCGAUUUGGAGCCAAAAUUUGUUUAAUCACCUCUUUUCGGGAUACUUGCUACAUUGAGAUCCUUCCUAAAGACGGGAAUCCUACCCGAGAGCUUUGGCUGAGCUUUUGGAGUGAAGUGCAUUACAACUCACUAUAUGCUACUGCAGAUGUUCCCACAAGAAGUCCCAGAAAGAAGCAUUGGCUUUUCUAGACUGAAUCAGCAAGCAGACAGACCAUGAUGUAAAUUAACAGGACUUCGAUUUAUUUGUUUCAAAUUUUACCGGAGCAAGUUAAAAGAUAGAACUUAGAAUCAGAUAUCUGUAUAUAGAAGUUGCAUCUUAAAGGAUCCCAUAGCUCUUCUAAAAUUUCUGUCUUUGUUACCACAAUUCUGUAUGAGGAGCAUGACUUGACUAAGUCAACUCUGUAAAUUUGGGAUUCACAUCUUAAAAACUUACUACCCUC